AUGAUGGUUUGGGCCAUUUUGCGAAGUUUACAACAGUGCGGUCUCGAAUUCUUUCAUCGCUCCCAGAAGUCCACUACUCUGAAUUUUUGCUUCACGGUGGAAAGAAGAAAAACAAACCUCUUUUCGCCGCCUUUCGCCAUGCGCCAUGACAAGUCAUCAAGGAGCCAACCGCUACGGCUACCGCUUCUGAGUCAAGCCUUGUUGUUGCCGGCAUUGUCGACCGAGUGUAAAGAAGAGGGCAUAGCUUUCGCUGUUCGAUGGUUGAAAUUAUGGCGCUGGAACGCUGGAACUGAAGAAGAUCCGUGCGUCGAGUCGGAGAGAUUUCGACUGUUUGUUCUCUCUUAA